CCGCAUCAGCCUACGAGAGCUCCCCGCCAUACACUUUUGCACCCCUUCACGGCACCUCGACAACCACAAUGCUUCUCCUCGACUACCAGAACGUGCUCAUCGAGUCCCUAUUGAAGGACCGCUUCUCUGGAGGAGCUCCAGCCAACAUUGACCAGGUGGUCUCCGACUUCGACGGCGUCACGUUCCACAUCUCGACUCCCGAAAGCAAGACAAAGAUUCUCGUUUCCCUGCAGAUCAAGUGCUUCUCGGAGCUUGUUCAGUACGGCGCCCAAGCAGUGCUCGAGCGCGAAUAUGGCCCUUACAUCGUCUCGCCGGAGUCAGGGUACGACUUCUCCGUGCUAGUAGAUCUGGAGAACCUGCCAGAAGAUAAGGAGAGCCGUGAUGAUCUCAUCAGGCGCAUAUCACUUCUUAAGCGGAAUGCAAUGGCUGCACCCUUUGAGCAGGCUUUCGACGAGUUUGCGCAACUGCAGGAGGAAGCUUCCAAGUACACUUCAGAGUCUGCGCCCCAGGGUGUGAAAGAGGGCGGUGAGGUGCGCGCGAUACACUACCGUGAGGAGGAAGCGAUAUACAUCAAGGCCAGUUUCGACCGUGUUACAGUCAUCUUUUCCACUGUUUUCAGGGAAGAGACAGACAGGAUCUUUGGAAAGGUUUUCCUCCAAGAGUUCGUCGACGCAAGGCGGAGGGCUAUCCAGAACGCGCCCCAGGUGCUCUUCCGCAACGAUCCACCUCUUGAGCUUCAAGGCAUUCCAGGCGUCGACACUUCUGGUUCUGCUGAUAUUGGCUACAUUACGUUUGUCCUGUUUCCUCGCCAUUUGGCGGCUGCCCGACGCGCUGAGGUCAUCUCUCACAUCCAGACCUUCCGCGAUUACUUCCACUACCACAUUAAGGCUUCCAAGGCGUUCAUCCACUCGAGAAUGCGCAAGAGGACCGCCGAUUUCCUUCAAGUCCUGCGAAGAGCCAGGCCUGAGUCUGAAGAGAAGGAGCGCAAGACCGCCAGUGGGCGAACAUUCAGGGUUCAAGCAUAAGCGCAUAUCCAGCUAUGUGUUAGUCACCGAGAAGAAGACAAAGCAAUUCCAACCCAUUCUGAACACCCCA